ACUGUGCUAAACAUUCUUGUCGUGUAAACGGGGUAUAAGGGCUGCUUUCCACGUGUUUUUCAUCACGCACGUACACACACGUAAAAUUCUAAAUUCUUUUCAAAUUUGAAAAAGCCAUGUGAAUAAAUCGAAAGAACUUCGUUUUAAGAACGCACACUCAUAAUUCUCUUAUUUCACUUUAUCCUUUGGCUUCGUAUAGUUUCCGUUUCCGCCGUUCAGUGUCAAGUAUUUUAUUUCAACCCUGUCGUGGUCUACUGAUUUAUUCAAUUUUUAUUCAGUGAUUCAGUGAUUUUGCUGUGACCACGCCAUCACGGGAUGUUUCAUUGAAUACACUUGCAGGAAAACAUUAAUAAAUAUGACGAGUAACCUUCGCUCAAAAUUUCAUUUGGUGAUCGGCCUAACGGGCACGUUAGUCUUUUGUUCGGGAGUUUUUAUACUAGCGUCAGGAAUCGUGGUAAGGGAUCUUCUCGAUGAUAUGGAGACAUUUUAUGGUUAUGGGGGUAACACUUGCCAAUAUUGGGCUGGAAUACCGACUAUCCUUACAGGGAGUAUAUUAGUCCUCGCUGUUGUCUUCAAUAGUCGCCAGUUCUUGAAAUACAUCAGUCUAUGUGCUGUUCUAAUUACGAUGGUACUAACAAUGGGAGUCAUUAUGGAGGAAUCGGUACAUGCUUCUAGCGUUAAUUACCAUUCCCGUAAAGACAGUUUUAUCUGCGGAGAUCUGGAGGAUUCUAACAUGGACAAAGAAUCGCUCCACAAACGCAAAAAAGAUUGUCUAAAUCUUAAGCUGGCAGCUCCCUGGUAUUACAUCAUGGUAUUUGCAGCAGAUAUUACUUUUGUAUUGUGUUCACUUGUGGCGCUGAUAUUGUUUAUUGACUGGGUCUUAUUUGUCGCUCCGAGAACACCGCAUAAUAAUCUCGAAAUGGCGUAUCAACUCCCUCCAGAAAGUCAAAGAGGAUAUUCUGAUUUUCAGAGACAAACAUGGUCCAAUACCUAAUAAGAAGAUUCGAAUCCAGUUUUAUCUAUACAACCAUUCGCGAUGGUGACACAACCAGUGCACUCGUAUUAAACAUUAACAAAUUUUUGUUACCCAAUGGCACGUAGGAUGUAGAUAAGAAGUCGGUUGAAAUAUUUGAAAGGUUUUAUAAUCUUUGAAUAUAAUUUUAAUAAUUUCCUAUGUAACUAUGUAACGAUUACGAAAAGAUUUAUAAUACCUGUACAUAUAUACACUGGCGGUCAAAAAAAACUGCUCAAAACAAGUUAAAAUGCUCUCAAAUUAACGUAACUGUCCCUCUA